AUGGCAUCGUCCGUUGUGCCAGUCGCCUUGCAGAACAAACUGCUUGGCUACGGCAAAGCGCCCGGCGCCCAGCUGGCCCUGAACCUUGAUCUCUUUCGCAAUAUUGUAUUCGUCUUAUUCCUAUUCCGCUAUGUUCGAAAGACGUUUUACUCUUUGCGAGGCUACGGUAUCUUCGGCAGCAUCCGCAAUGUCUACCUGGCGAUUCGUUUAUUCCUCUUCUCUAUCUUUCUGCGCUUCCCCGGAGUUCGUGGACAGGUCGACAAACAAGUUACGACCGCGAUUGAGGGUCUUGAAUCGAAGCUCGUGGCAAGCGGUCCCGGGGUUACACGAUACUUGACUUUGCCAAAGGAAGGAUGGACUCCCGAGCAGAUUCGUGCCGAGCUUGAUAAGCUUGGGAAUAUGGAGCAUACUAGAUGGGAGGAUGGUCGCGUUAGCGGUGCUGUGUACCAUGGUGGAAAAGACCUGCUCAAAAUCCAGGCCGAGGCCUUCGAACAAUUCGGUGUCGCCAACCCUAUCCACCCUGAUGUUUUCCCUGGUGUUCGGAAGAUGGAAGCCGAAGUUGUUGCGAUGGUCCUCGCAAUGUUUCACGGCCCUUCUGAUGGUGCUGGAGUAACGACCAGCGGCGGUACUGAAUCCAUUCUCAUGGCUUGUUUGGCCGCACGUAACAAGGCGCGCGCUGAACAAGGCGUGACUGAACCCGAAAUGAUUAUUCCCGACACUGCCCAUGCUGCGUUCAUUAAGGCCUCCAGUUACUUUGGUAUUAAGCUACACCGCGUUCCAUGCUCAGCACCGGAGCACAAGGUAGACAUUGCUAAGGUGCGGCGACUGAUUAACUCGAACACCGUCCUGCUUGUUGGCUCCGCUCCAAACUUCCCCCACGGUAUCGUUGACGACAUCCCCGCUCUAUCCCGACUUGCCGUCCAUUACAAAAUCCCUCUUCACGUCGACUGCUGUUUGGGCUCGUUUGUUAUUGCACUCUUGAAGAAAGCUGGCUUUCCAUCGCCUUAUGAAGAAGAGGGCGGCUUCGAUUUCCGCCAACCAGGCGUGACCAGCAUUAGUGUCGACACCCAUAAGUACGGGUUUGCGCCCAAAGGUAAUUCGGUCCUUUUGUACCGCAACAAGUCGUACCGCAGCCACCAAUACUUCAUUUACCCCGACUGGUCUGGCGGUGUCUAUGCGUCUCCUUCCGUCGCUGGGUCACGGCCAGGUGCGCUAAUCGCGGGCUGCUGGGCUAGUCUCAUGAGCGUGGGCGAAUCUGGCUAUAUCAAGAGCUGUCUAGAUAUUGUCAAUGCCGCGAAGAAGUUCGAGUCAGCUAUCAACGAGCACGAACGCCUCUCUCCUAGCCUACAGAUCGUCGGACAACCUAUGGUCAGUGUUAUAGCAUUCGAGAGCAAGAAUGAGGCCAUUGACAUUUACGACAUUGCCGAUGACCUGUCGGCGAAGGGCUGGCAUUUAAAUGCUUUGCAAACUCCACCCGCGAUGCAUGUCGCUUUCACUAUUCCAACCGCUGCUGCUGUUGAAACGCUUAUUUCUGACCUAGUCGCGGUUGUCGAGAAGGAAUUGGAAAAGGCUGAGGAGCGGAAGCGACAAGGCAAAUCGUAUGUCGUCAAACGCGGCGACACUUCUGCCCUGUAUGGCGUGGCUGGAAGUAUGCCGGAUAAGAGCAUCGUCAGCCGCCUCGCAGAAGGCUUCCUAGACACACUGUACAAAGCUUAG